CUGCUGUAGUGCCGCGCAUACCCGCUGUAGCUGCACGUAAUUGCCGAUCUGAUGUGUCAAAGACGUAACCGCUAUGCGCUGUUUGUUUCCCAUCUUUGACCACCGAGAUUUAUUUCUCCCUUAUUCAACUAACUAAGGCCCGUCGGCAAUUUUACUCGUCCAUUUUCAAGUAGUGCUUAGUAGCGUGUUUAAUCGGAAAUAGUCACCAUGGCAGAUUCUUCUCAACCCCUUCGGAUCGGCUUUGUGCCGGAGCACUUCUCCACACCACUUUAUUUUGCGCAGAAGUACUUCGGUCUGACAGCUAAGCUGGUCCCGUUCCCAUCCGGCACUGGCCACAUGAUCACGGCCAUCCGGUCCGGCGAAAUCGACGUUGGCAUCGGCCUCACGGAAGCUUGGGUCGCGGGUCUAGGCAAGGAAGAUACCCCUGGUGACGGGGGGUACCGUAUCGUCGGGACUUACGUUGAGACACCUCUAGGCUGGGCAAUCUCAACCGGUGCCAAACGGCCCGAGAUUACAUCCGUAUCCUCCCUCAAGGGAUCCAAAAUCGGCAUCUCACGUCUCGGCUCCGGUAGCCAGGUGAUGGGGUACGUGCUCGCGGAUCAACAGGGCUGGUUGACCCCUGGUGCUUCGCCGUACGCCGACUUCGUAGUGCUGCAGAAUUUCGCGAACUUGCGGAAUGCGGUAAAUGACGGAACGGCGGAUUUCUUCAUGUGGGAGCAUUUCACGUCGAAGCGGUACUACGAUAAUGGGGAGAUUCGACGGGUUGGCGAGAUUUAUACGCCGUGGAGUAGUUGGAAGAUCGUGGCUUCGACGGCGUUGCUGCCGGGUCAGAAACCGGAUGAGAGACUACUGGAUUUGUUUAAGAAGCUUGAUGAGGGUGUAAGCUAUUUCCGGGCGCAUCAUGAUGAAGCUGUUAAGUAUAUUAGCACCGAGUUGGAUUAUUCGGAAGCGGAUGCGCGAGAGUGGUUGCGCACGGUGGAAUUCGCUACUAAAACUGAAGGUGUCGACGUCAAAGUUAUCCAGACUUGCGUCGAUAUUUUGCGAAAGGCGGGUGUAUUAAAGGAGGGUAAGGGUCUACAGCCUGAGAGUAUGCUGGUUAAGGGACUCGGUGCGCAAUUUCCAUAGUGAUCUUUAUAGCGCUGUGUCUUACAUUUAGGGCUGAAGAGAAGAAAAAUAUCAACUGAAAC